AUGGACCACACCCAGAGCUCGAGGGCCGCGCAGGCUUCUGCUCCCGACAAAUCGAGCGAGCUUUACAUACGGGACUUUCCUUAUCGAUCGAUUGCCAUCGUAUCCUCGUCCCAUGUCCUCGUUUUGCGAUAUAGCUCGUCGGCGAGCAGCGACACACCUCAUAAUGGAUCGGUGACCUCUUUGCAAUCCACCAAAUCUCGUGGCGGCGGAGACUCCCUCGCUGCGAGAUGCAUGGUAGAAUUUGCCCCUAUUUCGAACCAACUGUUGAGGGACUAUCGCCCGCUGAGCCAUAGACCUGUCUACGGUACACUAGGUCUCAUUGCGGCCAAUGGCGAAGUCUUCUUGUCAGUCAUCACCCGGGCCAUGCGGGCUGCAACUAUUCGGCCGGGGGAGACUGUGGAAAAGAUUGCAACCGUGGAUUUCUACUGCCUGAGCAGUGCAGACUAUGACGAUGUUGUGCCUUUGGAAUCCCUGGAGCCUGAAUUCUCGGACACCAUGUCGGCAUAUAGCAGUCAGUCUGGAUAUGGCCAAAGCCUCAGUCGCCGCGAGGUUGCUGUGGAGCAUCCUUGCCAUGAGUUGCGAAAGCUGCUCAGCAACGGCUCGUUCUAUUACAGUACCGAUUUUGAUGUGACAAACCGGCUACAAGAUAGAUCCAUCAACUCCAAUUCAUUCGAUAUUGACAACUUUGACGACACAUACCUCUGGAAUUCGUUCAUGAUACGUCCACUUGUCGAGUUUCGCUCCCGUCUCAUGCCGCCAGAACGAGAGGCCUUGGAUUCCUCGCGAAUCCUCACAUCUGCCAUCCGUGGAUUCUGUGAGACAGUGACCAUUCCCCAGAGUGCGUCUCCCCUACGCGAACCAAGGAAUGGAAUGCCAUCGUACAUGAGCCUGAUCUCGCGGCUGUCAUGCAGAAGGGCCGGAACUCGCUUCAACUCCCGAGGCAUUGACGACGACGGACAUGUCGCAAACUUUGUGGAGACUGAAACGAUAUUCUGCAGCGCCGCGGGCACACUAUUCUCCUAUGUUCAGGUCCGGGGCUCGGUACCUGUAUUCUGGGAGCAAACCGCAGACCUGCUGCCCGGUAGACAGAAUAUCGCCAUCACCAGAUCUCCAGAAGGAACGCAGCCUGCCUUCAAUAAACACUUCGAAGACCUGGAGCACAUAUAUGGUGCAGUCCACAUCAUAAACCUGCUGAGCGACACAAAACCCGCAGAGGUUGAACUGGCCACGCUGUAUCGCAACGCCAUACGACACUCCCCGUACAGCCAGUCCAGCAGUGGCUUAGCCGAGCACGCUCUGCUUCGCGACACACACUAUGACUUCCAUGCCGAAACGAAAGGCCCAGCGGGUUAUGAAGCCGCCAAAGAUAUCCGUCGGUAUAUCGAAGGGUCAAUAGACGGGUUCGCAUACUUUCUCGCCGAGAAAACAGAUGACCUGGCCGAAAAGACCGUCGGGACUAGUAGGGGCCGAAUGGUGGUUGUAUUGCAGCAAGACGGCGUGUUCCGCACCAACUGCUUGGACUGUUUGGACCGGACAAACCUGAUCCAGACACUGAUUUCGCAAAUGGCUGUUGAGUCGUUCCUGGCUCACCGAAGCGACUACGCAGCUUCCGACUUCUGGAUGAGGCACUCCAGCCUCUGGGCAGACAAUGGUGACUCCUUGUCCAAAAUCUACGCAGGAACGGGCGCUCUCAAAUCCUCCUUCACGCGACAUGGUAAAAUGUCCCUGGCCGGCGCCAUGGCCGAUCUCCGCAAGUCUGUGCAACGCAUUUACCAUAACAACUUUGUCGACCCCUCACGGCAGGUGACGAUUGACAUGUUGCUAGGCCGUCUUGUGAGCCAAGCGCCGGUGCACCUGUUCGAUCCCAUCAGCGACUUUGUUUCCAUUGAACUCUCCAAGCGGAGCGGCGAGUUCACAUCGUCGAAAACCAUGACAAUAUGGACCGGCACGUUCAACCUCAACGGCCGCACAGACGGAAUAGGCCACGACUUGUCGCCCUGGCUGUUCGGCCCGUCGGCAGGCGUCGAGCAACCCGACAUCUACGUGGUUGCCUUUCAGGAAAUCGUCGAGCUGAGCCCUCAGCAAAUCAUGAACAGCAACCCCUCUAGAAAGCACCUCUGGGAGGAAGCCGUCAAGCGCAGCUUGAACGAUAGGCAGGCAAGACUCGGAGGGGACAAGUACGUCCUCUUGCGAAGUGGACAACUAGUAGGAGCCGCGCUAUGCAUCUUUGUCAAGACGUCCAUAUUGAACAACAUCAAGAAUGUUGAGGGGAGUGUCAAAAAGACUGGUCUCUCGGGCAUGGCCGGGAACAAGGGAGCGGUGGCGAUUCGAUUUGAAUUCGCCAGUACGCAAAUUUGCUUCGUAACGGCGCAUUUGGCAGCUGGGUUUUCCAACUACGAUGAAAGGAACCGGGAUUACGCGACCAUUCAUCAUGGGCUGCGGUUUCAACGCAACAGGAGGAUUGAAGACCACGACGCCAUCAUUUGGAUGGGCGACUUCAACUAUCGCAUUGGACUAGGGCUCGAAACCGCAAAGGCUCUAGUCAAAAAGCGAGAUCUAGAAACACUCUACGAGAACGACCAGCUAAACCUGCAGAUGGUUGCUGGCUUAUGCUUCCCCUUUUACUCCGAGGCUCGGAUCAACUUUAUGCCCACGUACAAAUUCGACGUCGGUUCAGACACCUACGACAGCUCUGAAAAGGCACGAAUCCCAGCAUGGACAGACCGCAUCCUCAGAAAAGGCCCCAACCUCCGCCAACUCUCGUACGAUUCCGCACCACUUCGAUUUUCGGACCAUCGCCCCGUCUAUGCCACGUUUGAAUGUCUCGUCAAUAUUGUUGACGAGGAAAGGCGCGAAAAUAUCAGCCGUGAGCUGUAUCAGCGCCGCAAAGCAGACGUGGGCGAUCCCACGGCCCACCCAGGCGAUGGCGAAGAAUCCGACGACAAGGACCUGAUUGGGUACGACUCCAUUCAGCCCGGUCUUCCGCCCGCGAGUUCAGAGCACCAGAAAUGGUGGCUACAGAACGGACAACCCGCGCGGGCACAAGUAGCAGCGCCCAAUGGCCGCGAUGGUCUCCCAAUGGCCUUGAACCCAAACCGGCCCUCGAAUCCCUUUGGCCAGAGCGAAGAGCCUGACUGGGUGUCGGUACCGAGGUCACCACCUGGAUACUCUAGUCUGUCGAGCUCGCCGUAUGAGAAGGUGUCGCUGCCGAACGCGAUGACUGAACGUGCUGCGGCAGCGUCGGGGAAACAGUUGCGGGUAUCUUGUAGCCCUCCCAUCUCACCGGCGCAACGGGGACGCUUACGACUAGAUGAGCAGAGCGUCGACAGUCAAUCCGACGCGGGCAAAUCUGCAACGCCGCCGCCGCCGCCGCCGCCUCGACGACAUACUGCAAACUCGAAACCAAGCACAUCUUCUUCUACUACAACGCAGGGCUUCGGACUAGGUAGAACCGAGACUCUACCGCCAUCACCUGCAACAUCUCGCCCUGCAUCGGUAGCUUCACAAGCAUCGCGAGUAUCACAGCUGUCGCAACAGCUUGCAGGUAAAAGCGGCAAGUCUCCACCGCCAGUGGGCAAAAAGCCCGCCCAUCUGACCUCAGGCCCAGCACUCUGCAAGACAACAGCUGGCUCAACAAUCAAGGUGUCGGUACGAAGCGAUGAUGCCACGCCUGCACUCCCAGCACGGUCGGCGUCUACUACGACAUCACGGGGGAGUCAGCAGACGUCGCUGGCUCGGAAAGCCGUGGCCGUGGCACAACAACAGAAUCGCGCUCAAGGUCAGUCGACGGCAACAUCUGUUGUCGAUGCCACAAGGCAAGACGGAGCCCACAAGGGAGCAGCCGGCAUGGCGGGGCACGCCAACGGAUUUAAACCUCCACUGCCGAGCAGCCACGACCAGGAGGCUGCAGGAUCCUCUACGUGCUUGGACCUGUUGGACUCGACGGAAGAUGAUGGCGGUGAAGGUAUUGGUGGGUGGGAGGCCUUGCAGCCAAGUUCGAAACAGCAUUACUAG